AUGGGCCUCGACUUCAAGGACCUCGUUGUCGUCAUCACCGGCGGUGGUGGUGCCCUUGGGCGCUCCUACGCCCUCAUGUACGGCCGCGGCGGCGGCAAGGUCGUCAUCAACGACGUCUCGCAGGAGGCUGCUGAGAAGGUCGCCGCCGAGGUUCGCCAGGUUGGCGGCCAGGCUGCUGUCUCUGUCGGCUCGGUCAUGGACGGCGAGAAGAUUAUCGGCGACGCCGUCAAGGCGUUCGGCACCGUCCACGUCCUGAUCAACAACGCCGGUAUCCUUCGCGACAAGUCGUUCCGCAACAUGACCCAGAAGGAGUUUGACGAGGUCUACGACAUCCACGUCAAGGGCGCCUACUACAUCACCAAGGCUGUUUGGCCCCUCUUCCGUGCCCAGAAGUUUGGCCGCGUUGUCAACACCGCUUCCCCCGCCGGCAUCUACGGCAAUGGAGGCCAGACCAACUACUCGGGCGCCAAGAUGGCUCUCAUCACCUUUGCGCAGGUCCUCAACGCCGAGGGCGUCAAGUACAACAUCAAGGCGAACACCAUCGCUCCCCUCGCCGCCUCGCAGAUGACCGCUACGGUUAUGACCCCCGAGGUUCUCUCGCACCUUAGCCCCGAGCACAUCGCUCCCCUUGUUGGUGUUCUUACCGCUCGCAAUGGCCCCGACGUCGGCGGUCGCCUCUUCGAGGUCGGCGCUGGCUUCUACGGCGAGGUCAAGUGGCAGCAGUCCGAGGGCCACGUCUUCAAGGCCGACGACAGCUUCACUCCCAACGCUGUCGACGUUGCCUGGCCCAAGGUCAAGGACUUUAGCAAGGGCGCGACGUUCCCCGGCAAGAGCGACGGCCCCAAGAUGAUGGAGAUUGUCAAGCUCCAGCCCCAGCUCAAGCCCAAUCCCCAGGGCCCCUCGGUCGCCAACAGCUUCAAGGGGUACACCGUCCUUAUUACCGGUGCCGGUGCCGGUCUUGGUGCCGCCUACGCCCGCUACUUUGCCCAGUAUGGUGCCAACGUUGCUGUCAACGACAUCAACGCCGCCGCGGCCCUCAAGGUCGUUGACGAGGUUAACCGCCUCGGAGGUGUCGGUAUCGCCGCUGUCGGCAGCGUUGAGGAGCCCGAGGCGAUUGUCAAGGCUGUCAUCGACCGCUUCGGCACCGUCCACGCUCUCAUCAACAACGCCGGUAUCCUCCGUGACAAGGCGUUCAUCAACACCACUCCCGAGAUCUUUAACUCGGUGUUUGACAUCCACGUCCGCGGCUCGUGGAAGAUGGCAAAGGCUGUCUGGCCCUACAUGUACAAGCAGCAGUUCGGGCGUAUCCUCAACACCUCGUCUCCCAACGGUGUGACCGGUGUCCACGGCCAGGCCAACUACGGCACUGCCAAGGCCGCCAUCAUCGGCUUCACGCGUGCUCUUGCCAUCGAGGGCCGCAAGAACAACAUCUACGUCAACGCAAUGUGCCCCUCUGCCGGCACUGCCAUGACCGCCACCGUCUGGACCCAGGAGCUCCUUGACACGUUCAAGCCCGACUUUGUUGCCCCUAUCUCGGCAUACCUCGCCUCGCCGCUCUGCCACGACAACGGCGUCAUCAUCAAGGCGUUUGGUGGUCUCGCGGCCGAGUACCGCUGGAUGCGCACCGGCGGUUUCUACUUCCCCAACGACCGCCCCGCAACGGCUGACCAGCUCGCCGCCAAGUGGGACAUCGUCACCAAGGUCGACGGUCGUGCCAUCUUCCCCUCCCACCCUGGAGAGGCACGUGCCCCCAUCACCGCCAACUUCUCCAACCAGCGCGGCGCGCGUCUCUAA